AUGGAAGAUAGCUUCAAGGCUCGGGUCGAGAGGCUGUUCGGUUCCCAUCUCUUCGAAACUGUUCCCAGGUCGUCCUUCCCGGAUACCUCGUGGUCUGUGGUCGAAGGGGAGGUCGAGAAGAAGGAAUGGAAUCGAGAGAGGGGCGAGGCGCGCCCCGGACGGGAGGAGACGCCCUUGGCUUCCACCUUCGACGAGUGUUUCGCAAAGAGUUCCGCGAGAUCCAGAAAAUCAAAGAGACGGCGGUUUGAGGACGAUAUCGAGGACAUAGAGAAUGCGGAUGAUGAAGAGAAGGCCGAGGCGGGAGAAGAAGACGGUGACGACGUCGACAGGGAGGAGAGGGAUAUCCGUUCCUCAAUCGGUCUGGAUUCCACCCUAGACUACGAGGUAAUUUAUCUUUAUGUGCUAGUGUUGUUACUACGUGGUCACGACAAGGCCCCGUGUAAUUCCCCUUUUUCGUGGUUUCCUUCAACUUUUUCCUCUUAGAAACUUGCUGAACUUCAUAAAAUGAAUUUAGUAUUCGUAAAUUUUCGGACGCGCUGAUUUCAUUCGUCGAGCUUUUUCCAAAACUGUUUUAUUUGUACUUCUAGCGACGAUGUCAUUAUUACCCCAACACUCUAACAGUUAGGUUUCGAGAGGGCUAUAUCCAUCUCCGGAACAGGGGAAGGCAGGGAGGAAGGAAUUUGUUCACAGUGUCUUUUAUCAUACGAAAUCUCUUGGCCAUUUAUCCAUAUAAAUAAGCAAAAGACAGCUAAUGGUGCAACCGUUCAUGUGGAAGUUUUUCCAUGGCUCUAGCUGUGGGACUAAUCCUUGGGUGUUCUCGUGGAAGGGCACAUUGCCUUAUCGUACUUGUUAAAUUUUCCACAGAGAAUGGUCGUCGAUACCUACGAGGCAUUUUUUUAUUUUUCUUAAUUGUUCAUUGGCCAUAAUCACCUGACGUGUACAGGUGAACUUAACAAAGAUAGGAAAUAAUGAAUUGGACAACCACGCUACAGUUUGAGAGUAACUCGUCAAUCGCCACAGUUUUGAAGGAUCGCAGUAAUUGAUAUGGACCAAGAUAACUUGUGAUUAAAGGGAGGGAGCCGACCAAGAUGUAUCUUGGUUUGCAUUUUGUUAUUAGCUGGAUUUACUGCUAAAAGGUGUUUGUGCGUGCUGCCCUCAUCACGGUCCCUAUAAAGAAGGUUGCAGUGUUAAAGCUAUUUUUCUAGAAUACAGUGGAAGUGUGCAGGUUUUGAAAAGUGUCAGUUCUGGAAUACACUAACAUUAUUUCUUAAUAGGUUCCGAUGAACUGGUUGGCCUAUGUCUACAACAGCAGUCUUAGCAUCAGUAGCAAGCCUAUUAUUAGUCACACUCUCGAGUUUCGUGGGAGGUCGUUCCACCUACUGUUAUCAUUGCUAUUGGCCUUUCACAGUCGUACGAUUUACUAAGUCAUCAUCUAGUUUGACGGUAAAUUUUUGCGUUUGGUUUUAUGACUAGUUUAAAGGAUACCAGGAUGCAUCUCAGGGCUGUUAUCUUGGUACCCCAUUUCUUGUGAAAAUGCCCUGCUGGCUGUUCUCUUGCUUACCUUUUGCACUAUGUUGUUAACUUGGUAGUUACCUUAUUUUUCUUUGUUUUUUUUUCAUCAUGUUAAAUUAUAAAGUUUCAGAAUAUAUCUCGGAUGGCGAGGUCGUGUCUUGGCCUGACAAGUUGAAGCUUUUGUUGUGCAUAUUAUUUAGUCCCGUGUCUUGUUGAGCUGUGUGAUUGCUUGAUGGACGAUCUAUCUGACGUUAUUAUAUGGGAUAGAACGAAGCUAUCUAUAACCUGUGAAAUAGAGUCAGCUAUCUUUCAGUGCCAUAACCUGUAAAACCAACAUGGUUAACUAAUCAUAUAUCCGUUCCCAUAUUUCCAUUUGUCUCCCUGCAAUUUUUAUUCUUGACAUCCUCUAAAUUUUGUAUGGGCCGUCUUUUCCGUUUUCCUCGGGGGGUCAUAACUUGUGUACAUUCAUUGAGCUGACUGAUAUGUGAAAUCUCUAUUACGUGAUUUGCUGAGGAUAGAUCCUAGGAAGGAAGGGAUGUUUGAUCCAGAAAAUGGAAGAUGCAAAUCUUUACUCAAUGGAAAUCCCACAAAAUCCUUUCAUUGGGUAUUUUAAAGGUAGGGAUGAAUUAGAAACUAGAAAGGGUGAUUUCCGUUCCGUUGAAGUUGCCUGUAUAUGAUUCUUCCAGAGGGUGGAAAAUCGCUAGGCACUGAGCUCAUGAUCUGCCACUUCCCGUUCCAAGACUAACAGAGAAAGCCCGGGUGUGUGAAAUUAUUCGUAGAGAACUCUUAUAAUGCAGGAACAAACUAAAGAUAGGUGAAAUGAUCUUUUCACUUUAUUUGAAUUAUUCCAUCCCAAGUAUUUAUCUCUCUUUUCCAUUCGUACAAUAUUUUAACAGAAAAUGAAUGAUUGAACGCUAAUGUGUCGCCAACUAUUUCAGGAAGAGGAGGAUGAGUUUGAUAGAGCGGCCGUUGGCAUGGCAGACGUCAAUGAACGUGUAUACAUGAGAGAUGUCAAAGAUCACGGUCCUUACAUCAACUACCACUCCAUCAUCGAGGAUACAAGCGAGGAAGUCUACUUUGAUAAGGAUCCACGUGCGGAUCACUCGGCUGCAAAUGCUAGACUGAGAGAAGAUAGAGAAGCGGGUGUGAGUAUCCAAGUUAAUUCAUCUUCAACCGAUGCUGCUCCGAGGAUCAAGCCAUCUGAAGGUGAUGUGAAUCUAAAACCCAUUCUGAAACGGAAGAACGAGGUGGUCGAUCUGAAGCGAAGCAAAAAAGUGAGAUUCGAUCCUUCCAGCACGGAUCGUCUUGAUGAACAAUCCAGCGUGAUCCAAGAUGUGCCCUUGGCCCCGGCAGAGACAGAGGCAACAAGGGCUGGUGAAUCGAGCCGUCUUCCCCAUGGAGAUCCUGCAAGCAUUCCCGAUUACGUGCGCAAUCCUUCCAAAUACGUCUGCUACAGUCUCGAAUCUGAAGAGAAUGUCAACGAUGAAUCCAAUCGGCAAGCCUUUGACGACUUCUGGAAGAUGGUGAGAGGGGCAAACUCCGAGCAUUUACAGCUUGGUAGCACCAUCGAGCCUCCCAGGUCAAUCAUUUUUACUCCGAGAAAGCGGGCAACUGUGACUGAGAACCAAGAAGACAAAGCCGAGAAGGAGUCUGCCCGUGUUGCCGUCCGGCGGUUCAGCAUUGCCUCAGAAGAAGCUCCGGAAAACGAGAUUCUCUCACCUGAGAAAGACGAUAUGGACAUCACCGAGGAGAGAAUCGCAGGAUCCCAGAAGCCAGGCCGCCAGUACCGCUCAAGGCCCCACACAGAUGAUUAG